GACGCCGCUGCCGCCGUUGUUACCAAUAUUGUUGGCCCGACUGCUACUGCUCCGGCUACUAGCAUCUAUGAGCUUCUUGAGUGCCCUGUCUGUACCUAUUCUAUGUACCCUCCUAUCCAUCAGUGUCAUACUGGACACACGUUGUGCUCGACUUGUAAAGUGAGGGUGCAUAACCGGUGUCCCACUUGUAGACAAGAACUUGGAGAUAUUAGAUGUUUAGCUCUUGAGAAAGUUGCUGAGUCGCUUGAGCUGCCUUGCAAGUAUUACAAUCUUGGAUGCCCUGAGAUAUUCCCUUAUUACAGCAAACUAAAGCACGAGUCUCUCUGUAACUUCAGACCUUACAGUUGUCCUUAUGCUGGUUCAGAGUGUGGUAUCGUUGGGGAUAUCCCUUUUCUUGUUGCCCAUCUCAGGGAUGAUCACAAAGUUGACAUGCACGCUGGUUCCACUUUUAACCAUCGCUACGUCAAAUCCAAUCCGCGCGAAGUGGAGAACGCUACUUGGAUGCUAACCGUAUUCCAUUGCUUUGGUAAUAAAAGUUGUGUGCCAAUUGUCAAAAAAAAAAAAGACUAUUAGUUGUGUGCCUAUACAACAUUAGUUUAACU